AUGGCCUCUAGCAAGGCUUCUCGCAUCGGUGAGGAGAUCUGGAAGACGAGAAUCGAUAAAGUCAACGCUGAGCUCGUGACUCUGACCUACGGUACCGUGGUUUCGCAAUUAUGCAAAGACUUUGAUGGCGAUUAUGCGGAAGUAAACAAGCAACUGGACAAGAUGGGAUACAAUAUUGGCUUGCGCCUGAUCGAGGACUACCUCGCGAAGUCCAACACCAUGAAGCGAUGUGCCAACUUCCGCGAGACAGCGGACAUGAUUUCCCGGGUCGGAUUCAAAAUUUUCCUGAAUAUCACACCGCAAGUAACAAAUUGGACAACGGACAACAACCAGUUUUCCUUGGUAUUUGACGAAAACCCGUUUGCGGACUUUGUCGAAUUACCCGAUGACGGCCGCGCACAAGACGAGUUGUGGUAUUCGAAUAUUCUUUGCGGGGUUUUGAGGGGUGCGCUAGAAAUGGUACAAAUGCAAGUCGAGGCGCACUUUAUCAGCGAUGUGCUGCGAGGCAAUGACACGACUGAAAUGAGGGUAUCAUUAAUACGAUAUAUCGAUGAUGAGCUACCUCCGGAGGAUGAUUAG